AGGACCUGCGAAACGCAAAAGCUGUAUCGAAUUUUAUCCCAAAGCGAAUCUGCGAAACGCAUUAGCUUAAUUGCGGUUUCGAGUUCCAUCUAUGGUGUCUGUAAACCCUAGACCUGCUCAGGGUUUUCCUAUUUUCGAUCCCGUGAAUAUGAGUUUACCGGGUUUCAAUUCGGCGGCGCCGGAAUCCGAUGGUUACGGUUUGGCUCCGAUUGCUACGAUGCCGGUCACCGGACGGAUUGGUACGACGACGUUUUCUGAGGAUUCGACGACGAAGAUUCGGAAGCCAUACACAAUCAAGAAAUCGAGAGAGAACUGGACAGAGCAGGAACACGAUAAAUUCCUAGAAGCUCUCCACUUAUUCGAUCGAGAUUGGAAAAAAAUCGAGGCGUUUAUUGGAUCAAAGACAGUGGUCCAGAUACGAAGCCACGCACAGAAGUACUUUCUCAAAGUUCAAAAGAGCGGUACAAAUGAACAUCUUCCUCCUCCUCGACCAAAGAGGAAAGCGACUCAUCCAUAUCCUCAAAAGGCUCCCAAAAGUGUUGCUCUUCCGUCCCACGCCAUUGGAUUCCUCCAUGCUUCGAAUGCACCUUUGCUUGAACCUGGUUUCCUGUACAGCUCUGAUUCACAGUCAUUGCCGGCUGUUUGUGCGUCUAGCUCUUCUUCUCGGGAUCAUGAAUCAACAAAUCCCCCAAAACCCGUGAUCGAAGUAGAGGAACCGGGAGAGUUUGCCACGGCGAUCCCAAAGAAUCACUGCAACACCACUAGUAGUAAGGAAGUUACACGGAGGUUACGUGCGGUGACAGAGCCAAAUGAUGGAGAAAGUUGUGAAAAGCCACUUAGAAUGAUGCCGGAUUUUUCUGAAGUCUACAGCUUCAUUGGAAGUGUCUUUGAUCCCAACACAUCAGGUCACCUCCAGAGAUUAAAGCAGAUGGAUCCAAUAAAUAUGGAAACGGUUCUUUUACUGAUGAGAAAUCUAUCUGUAAAUCUGACAAGUCCCGAAUUUGCAGAACAAAGGAAGUUGAUAUCAUCUUACAGGUCGAAAGCUUUGAAAUAGAGUUAGAAAAUGCUACAAUGGACCUUAUGUGAGAGCAACAAAUACUCAUCCAAGGUAUGUUUCAUUGUACCGAGGCGUCGAGUAGAACCAAACACGUGAACUCUUAGAUCGCUACUGAGUUCUGGCUUUUAUGUCUGUGAAGUCUUAGUCAAGCGCGCUUGUUUGUCUUAUGUUGUCUAUAUUUGUAUGGAUAAUAGAGGGUUUUGCAGAGGUAUAUAGAUGUGUUUAUAAGGUCAGAGUUUGUGACUGACUCUCUUUUGAGUUUGGAUCAAUCUUAGGAGGUCUCAAGUCGAGAUCUGAGAAGAGACUGUGAUAUUGUUUUCUCAGUCGGCAGAUGGUGGUUCAUCUUUUUUUUCUUUUAAAGUCAAGAUAGAGUGAGUGAGAGACUGUUGAAGAAAAGGCAAUGGCCGUCUGUCUAAUAAUAAUAUACACAAAUUAGGGGAUUCUUUA